AGCGCGCGUCUUCGCUCUCACACACUCUCCCUUGCAUGUGUGUGAGUGCGCGUGAGCGUGUCCGCUCGCUGCUGCUCCGGCGUCGGGCAAGCCCUCUCACUGCUGCACUUCAGCCAAUGUGGAACAACUCGUCUGCAGCCGGCCGCCUCGCAUGGCUCCUAAAGAAGCGGAUAUGCCCCAGUGCCACGGGAGACUGACGCCUUCACUGUCUUCCUCUCCUCCGCUAAUGGUCCUCUCAGGGAGAUAUGGUCAGUAAGGAGGCAGGCUGCUGUACUCUGUCAAGCUCAGAGUCUGACUCGGAGUCUGGCGGUCCUUUGCUGGAGCGGAGCGGAGCAGACGUGGUACGCAAGCGAAACAAAGCCCUGCAGGUGCGUUUUAAAGACAUCUGCGAGGCGCAGAAUGAGGCUGCCCACCGAGGUGCCAGAGACCGCUCUGUUUCCUGCAAGGUCAUCCACCGGAGGUACAUGACCAUGCCGGCUCGCCGCUCCAUCCCGAACGUCACCAAGAGCACGGGCGUGCAAACCUCGCCUGACUUGAAAAAGCGUUACCAGACUUUCCCCUUCGAGCGCAAGAAGGGAACAGUAAUCAAACACACCGCUCUAGUGGAGAACUACCCUGAUCAAAACAAUGGCUUUUUGAGUGACGUGAAGGGGGGGGGACGGGGGACAAGGUGUGACGGACGGGUGCAACAGACCCGAGUGUUGCUCCACACUACGCCGCAGUGCAGCGACGCUAAGGACUUGUGUGUUGGGCCGGACUGUUCGGAUGGGAAACUCUGCCCUGAUCUGUCAGACACGGUUUUAGAUCAGUCAGACUCAAGGAGAGACACCAACGUCCCGGGGAGUGGUGCCAAGCACAAAGGAUUACCCAGUGAAAGCGAGGCAGGGGCAGGCCCGCAGCCCAACUGUGCCUCCUCAACCAAGCUGACUCAACCUCUGCAGGUCAGGGGUGACUGUUCAAAGAUUUCUGGCCCUAUUGCAUGGACAUCCUUGACACAAGUGGAAUGCCCGGAGAGUCCCUCAGGGAGCUGCAAACGCAAAAAAGACACGGCGCAGCUGAACGGAUUGCAGGCGCAGUCUCAGGCUUUGCCUCAUUCUGCGAGUUGCGCUUCCCAGGCCCACAUACAGGCCCACUGUCACAGUAGCCAAAACUUGGGCACCGCAGAGACCCGGCAGGGCACACAGGGGCAUCUGUUUGCUCUCCCUGGGGCCAAUGGGAAUGUGAAAGCUAGGCUUCAAGCCAUGGAGGCUCUGAUCAACUCUAGUCAAGAAACCAUCAAAGUGCUGCUGGGGGUCAUUCAGGAGCUGGAAAGAGGAGAAGCACAGCGAGAGGGACUGUCUUAUCGAACUGGGCAGGAUACAGCCAACUGUGACACGUGUCGUAACAGUGCCUGCAUCAUAUACAGUGUGGAACUAGAUUUUAAACUUCAAGAGGACAAACUGCAGCCCUUAAUGAAGAGACUGUGUCCAUUCGAAGAGCCGUCCUACCCUUCUCUGCCUUACACGCACGAGGUGUUCACCUCCACCCCCAAACGCAAGUCCAAGACUGAGUCCAAGAAGCAUGCGCGAUGGAAACUCUGGUUCCUCUAACAUGGAUUCAGGAUCCCUGAAACCAUCACAAAGAGUGAAUUCUAGUGGAAUUUUGCUUGACUAAUUGGAUAAACAUGGAGAAAUGCUCACUGCUAGCCACCGUUUUGGAACAUGGGAUCCACUGAGCAACUGGAUUCUAAUAAGGAAUAACAGUUGUUUUCUAAUCAUGACCAUCUGAUAAACCCUCUGAGUUUGGGAACUGCUGAAUUCACCUGAUCUCACAUUUUUCAAUGGGAUUACUCAAUGAUCCUUAGGUUUAGUCAAGUUUGCAAGGGACCCUGCAGAGGCGACAAGAAACUUCAAAGCUAAAUGCUAGUUUGCCACAAAACUACUUUGGAGCCGUACAUCAAAUACAUCUAAUCAGCAAAGCACAAACUUUUGGGAAGUAUAAAGUAGAUUUGAUAGCUGAGAUAUACCUCUGUCUCUUUUCCAGUCUUUCUUUCGUUUUUUUCUUUCUUUCUCAAAGUCUCUCACCAAUUGAUUAUCAUUAUAUGACAGAAUAAAUUAAAUUAAUGAAAUUAAAUUAGUGAGCAAAUGCAGAAUCAGCUGACUGCAUGCACUAAUAAUCAAUGACUUUGUAGAGAUAUUUUUCUGGAAAAUGUUGAGAAUGCACAAUAAGUAUGUCAGAAAUGGUUAGGCUGUAAAUGUAU